UGAUGAUGAUCAGAGCCCCUCGUUGAUGAGUGAUUCGUCGUUGCUAAGUAACGCCGUCAGAUCACGUGACCAAUCCCCUUUGACCCUCCAUCUCGCGAGACGUGAGGCGGGAUUUCGCGAGAUCGUGUCUGCAGCCUCGGCUCGGAUCCUCGAGACAAUCCGCUCGUUUCUGCGCCGGGUCAUGGAGGUGUCGUCCCACAGCCUCUUCCUGCUGCAGCAGCUGAACGUCCAGAGAGAGUUCGGUUUCCUGUGCGACUGCACCGUCGCCAUCGGGAAUGUCUACUUCAAAGCCCACCGAGCCGUGCUGGCCGCCUUCUCCAACUACUUCAAGAUGAUCUUCAUCCACCAGUCCAGCGAGUGCAUAAAGAUCCAGCCCACGGACAUCCAGCCCGACGUCUUCAGCUACCUGCUCCACAUCAUGUACACGGGGAUGUGUCCCAAGCAGCCGGUGGACCAGAGCCGGCUCCAGGACGGCAUCAAGUUCCUUCACGCCUACCAGCUGUGCAGGAAGCCCGGGGAGGGGGCCGCCGACCACAACGCCGACGUCGUCCGCAUGUCCAACCUCUACGGCAUCCAGAUCUCCUCCCAGCUGGCCAGCAAGGAGGCGCCCGGACUGCCCAAGGCCGGCGCGGCGUCCCGCGGGGCCCUGGAGGACGGGCGGUCCUCGACCCGGGGGGGGCGGUCCCUCGCCGUGGGGCUGGAGGGGGUCCCCUCGGACCACCAGACCUCAGGGCUACGCAACGUCUGCUCGGUGGCGUCGGGAGACGACUCGAACAUCUCGACUCGCAUCAAGCAGGAGCGGGUGGAGGAGGAGGAGGACGGCGAGGGGGCGGGGUCUCCAUCCCAGGGGGGCAGCCCCAGUCAGGGUCUCCUGUUCAAAGACCGGCCCCUGGUGCUGCUGUGUCCCCGCUGUGGAGAACGGUGCUCCUCCCCAGAGGGCCUGAGGGAGCACCUGUUCAGCCACGCCCUCGACCCCGCCCGCCUCAUGGAAGGCCUGUCGCAGGGCGGCGAGCUGGACGCCGGCGUGGAGGAGGGGCCCCCGGGCGCCCAGGACCAGCUGGACGCAGGCUGCCUGGAGGAGGCGCUGAGGCAGAGCCAGGCGUUAGCCAACCAGCUGGCGGCCGAGCUGAGGAGGAGCCGGGGGGGAGGAGGAGGAGGAGGCGGGACCAGUCCCACCGCCGCCGUGCUCCACUCGCGUAAACGUAAAAUCGCCUGCGCCGUCUGCAGCCUCCGCUUCUCCCACAAGAGCCAGCUCCAGGAGCACAUGUACACCCACACCGGCAAGCCGUCCCGCUACCACCGCUACAACCGCCUCUGCAGCCAGCUCUUCCAGGCCUCCGCCCACUUCUGCGAGGCCACCGCGGAGCCGGGGGGCGGAGCUGGGGGCGGAGCCUCGGCCGCCGCCCUCUCUGAGGACGCCAACAGGGACGCUCAGGACAACGGCAGCUCCUGCUACUCGCUGGACUCAGAGGUCUCCCAGGAGGAGAGCGUGGACGGCGUGGCGGUGGAGUGACGUCAUGUGACCAGAGGGCGGCGCCGCGGUCGCAGCGUUUACUGGUUUCAGCUUCAUUUUCAGUUCCUCUUUAAACUGACUCCAUGUGUGGUGGUUUGAUUAGUGAAGUCAUCGCCCAUCGGACCGGCUCAGACCAGCUGAUCAGGUCCAGAUCAGACCGUUGACCCGGACUCCUGGUCCUGGUCCUGGUCCUGGUCCUGGUUCUGGUUCAGGAACGGGUUCAUUCCCUGGAACACUGGUAAACUGUUGGAAACGUCUUGAGAUGAACACGCAGGUCGCCGUGGUAACUGUGGUAACCGUGGUAACCGCCCCAACCUCCUCCCUGAUUUAACUUCAUCUUCUUCUUCUUCGUCGGUUUUCAGUUUAUUGAUGGAUCAGCUGAUCAGGGCGGGGUGAUAAUAAUAAUAAACAUCCACUUCACUUCCUGUAAAAUGUGAAAAAAAAAAUAAAAGCCUGCUUCUUAUUUUAUUUUGAAGGAGUCCUUUAAAAGUCAGAUGAUGCUGUUGGUUCCCAGUGUUGAUUUUAGGAUGAUCAAUGAAUCGAUUAUUUUUAAAUUAUUUGAUUGUUAAUUCAUUGACUGGUUAAUUGGCAAUGAUGUCAUUGAUUAAUUAAUGUAUAGAUUGACCAGGUGAUUAAUUGAUUAAUUGAUCACCUGGUCGUCGUCUUCUUUCCGUUUCACUGUAAAAAAAAAAAAAUCCUGACGGGACGUUGAGUGUUUUUUCGUGUUUUUUCAUUGUUUUGUAAAUAAACGUCUUUUUCCACCAAUCAGAUCGCGGCUCUGGCUGAAGAGGGAGGAGUCUGUGUUGAGUCUUUUUUUUUUUUUUUUUUUUUUCUGUGUUGAGUCUAAUGUCUAGUAUCAGUUAUUAGCUUGAUUAGCUUUAUGCCUGAGGCUUUUAUUUUGGUAUUCCCUGAUGUUUUGAGGCUUUUAACUUUAAAUAUAUAUAUAUUUUUACAUCCAUGGCUUCGUUUUUGUUCAUGAACAGAAUAAAUAUCAAACUCUU